AUGCAAAGCCAAAAUCUAUUGCGCCGUUGCUGUCAAUGCACAGGACCGUGUGCUGCCGCGUCUACAAGAUCGGUCCUCUUUCCGCGCUUCGGCGCUGCUUCCGCGCGCGCGGUCGCCAGUCAACCAGACGCUGCCGAAAAAACGCUCCGCAGUCCGAACCAAUUGAACGUUCUAUUGUCCAAUCAAACGCCGCCCACGACUUUUGUAGCCACUUGUCGCGCGUUGCGCGCCAUUGACGAGACAGCGCUAUUGGUGACGAUUGACGUCCGGACGUGGAACGUGGCACUGCAGCGACGACCGGAGGCUCAAGGCGAACGCUGUGACGACAGCGUUUUUUUGCGCGGGUUUCGAACGGAUGAGAUGCAGGAGCUCUUGAGACAGUUGAAGCGGAGAUACGGACCGCAAUUUGUAGCCCGCGUGCUCGUAACCGUGGUCAAUGGCUGUGCCAAUAUCAAGAUGUUUGCAGAUGCUCACGAGCUGCUGCUGUAUCAGCAGACGUUGUGGUCGGAGAUUCGCUCUGGUACUACUACUACAGACGAGACGUUGACGACGGGGUGGAGCGAGAAGAGUAAAGCGAUGAUGCCGCCAUCAGUGGUUGGCCACUUGAUGGCCAAGAUGAUGCACAAGAAAAAGCAUGGUCAAGUGCUGGCGUUUGCACCAUGUAUGGAGAUCGAGGAUUUCUCCACGUUUAAAGAUGUGUUCCGCAGGAUGGUAGCUCGAGGUGUAGCACGUAGUGCUGGAUUUGGGUCGGCGAUCCGUUAUUGUCACAUGCAGUUGGAUCCAACCUUUCUCGAAGAAGUGUUGGACGAGGCCGGAUCAAGCCAAGGAACUUUUCUCGCACAUGCUGAACAACUCGUCGAUAGUGCCCGGCAUAUUACGAUGCUUGAGAUGGUGGAGAGUCAGUGCAACGCCUCGAUCGGGGAGGUGUUUAAUCUCAUGAACGUGUUUCUUGAGUGGAAGCUAACAUCGAAUAUUCAGGUGUUCACAUCGCUCCUGUCCAUCUACAUGCGCCGUCGUGAAGUAGGCAAUGCUGUUGCGCUCAUUGGUGCGAUGGAAGAGCAUGGUGUCGUUCAGCAUGUGAAGGCAAGCACGACUGUGGCGUUCAUUAUGCAUCUCGCAGUGACUUAA